CGAGGGCUUUAAAAAAUGCCUUCAUGGAGAGCUUCUCUUCGUUUGACAUGUACUAGAUUCCCUAAACUUAUGAUCGAUGGACCGUAUGGUGCGCCAGCACAAGAUUACCGGGAAUAUGAUGUGUUGUUGCUCAUCGGACUUGGCAUCGGAGCCACCCCUUUGAUCAGCAUUGUGAAGGAUGUGCUUAACCACAUCCAGCGUGGGGAAUCGGUUGGCGGAACAGAGCCGGACGGCAGUGGCAAGGCAAAGAAGAAACCAUUCAUGACCAAGAGGGCCUACUCCUACUGGGUCACAAGGGAAGAGGGCUCCUUUGAGUGGUUCAGAGGGGUGAUGAACGAGGUGGCUGAGAAGGACAAGGACGGAGUGAUUGAGCUCCACAACCACUGCUCGAGCGUGUACCAAGAGGGCGAUGCUCGUUCCGCGCUCAUCGUCAUGCUCCAGGAACUCAACCAUGCCAAGAAGGGAGUUGAUAUUCUGUCCGGAACCAGCGUCAAGACCCACUUUGCCAGGCCUAACUGGCGAAGCGUCUUCAAGCGCAUCGCGGUCAACCAUGAGAACCAACGCGUCGGGGUUUUCUACUGCGGCGAGCCUGUUCUUGUGGCGCAGCUGCGGCAGUUGUCGGCAGACUUCACCCACAAUACAAACACAAAGUUUGACUUUCACAAGGAGAAUUUCUAGUUAUAUACGAUAUGUAGCUGAUGUAAGAGCAUGUCUAUGUAUGGUCUGCACAAUAAGGUACAGAAAUAGUAAUACAGGUUUUUAUUUGGACUGGUUUA